AUCACAACGUCAUUUUAGUUGGCAACACUGCAAACAACCAUCUAGUAUGUCUUCCUCCAUGGGCAGCGGGAUGUUCCCCGGCCAGCAGUCCGCUGGUCCUCACCCUGUCGGCGGCCCGGGUCAGCCGGGACUACUAUCUGGAGCUCCGGGGAACAGGGUCCAGGGCCCCAACACUCUGGUAGACGACCUAGAGGCUUCUUUCGAGGCUUGCUUUGCGUCCCUAGUGAGUCAAGACUACGUGAACGGAACCGACCAGGAGGAAAUCUCCCCAGGUGUGGAUCAGUGUAUUCAGAAGUUUCUGGAUGUCGCCAGACAGACAGAAUGUUUCUUCCUGCAGAAGCGUCUUCAGUUAUCAGUCCAGAAACCCGACCAGGUGGUCAAAGAGGAUGUGUCUGAGCUGCGGAAUGAACUCCAGAGGAAAGAGCUGCUUGUUCAGAAACACCUGUCUAAGCUGCACCACUGGCAGCAGGUUCUGGAGGAUGUCAGUGUCCAGCAUCGUAAACCGUCAGAUCUCCCUCCACCUGGACCCCUGGCCUUCCUGGAACAGGCCUCAGCUAGUCUACCUGCUGCACCACUCAAACAGACCUAACACACACACCUGUCUCUCUCCCUCCACCUGGACCCCUGGCCUCAGCUAGUCUACCUGCUGCACCACUCAAACAGACCUAACACACACACCUGUCGCUCUCCUGGAAAGUACAUCAUCUUUGUUUUCUUUUUGACUUGUGUAAAUAUUUCUGUUGUUUUGUCCUGACAGAAUGAGUGAGUUUGGAUCAGAACACCAGCUGUUGUUUUGUCCUGACAGAAUAAAUGAGUUUGGAUCAGAACACCAGCUGUUGUUUUGUCCUGACAGAAUAAAUGAGUUUGGAUCAGAA